GGUUACGCCAGCCCCGCCGCCUGCCUCUCUGCCUCUCCUCGCCUCUGAUUCUGCGCACAGCCAGCCCCAAAGCCUGUCAUUCUGCAAAACACAGUUUACUCAACAGAGAGAGCGAGUGGGGGAGCGGGAGAGGUGGAGAGAGGGAGACGGCGCGGAGGAGCCCAGUCCCGCAACCCAGCAUGGCUUCAGGGGACCUUUACGAGGUAGAGAGGAUUGUAGACAAAAGGAAGAACAAGAAGGGCAAAUGGGAAUAUCUAAUCAGGUGGAAAGGCUACGGAAGCAAUGAAGACACUUGGGAACCUGAACAUCAUCUACUACAUUGUGAGGAAUUUAUUGAUGAGUUCAAUGGACUACACGUUACUAGGGAAAAGCGAGCGAGGCAUGGGAAACAGGCUGGCGCGCCAAAAUUUUUACGGGAAAGCCGAGGGUCAUCUGUUGAGAAAAUAUCACAUAGACCUUCUGAAUCUGGGAAGUCUAAAGGGUCAGCACACAAAAGGAAGAGAAUUAAUCCAUCUCUUCAAAAACAGAAAAGAGGAUAUGCAGCAAAGCCAGGGUCUGCUAAUGACAGGGCUGCUAAAACUGUGACUUACCGAACUACUCCCAGCGGUUUACAGAUCAUGCCACUGAAAAAGCCACAUAAUGGUCUGCAGAAUGGAGAUGGCAGUCAUGAAAAAGAUUCUAGACAUUUUGGGAAUGGCUCACAACAGCAGAAUGUGGAUAUAAAUAAUCAUGAAGGAGAACAAAAUUUGCCCAGCGUGUUGGAAGUAAAUAACGAUUCACCUGUUGUGAAUGGAAUUGGUUCAUCUCUGGCCAAUGGAAGCUUGAAUCUCCACAGCACUGUGAAAAGGAAACUAGAUGGGGAGAAAGAUUAUGUCUUCGAUAAGAGACUAAGAUACAGCGUGCGUCAAAACGAAAGCAAUUGCCGGUUCAGGGACAUUGUAGUCCGGAAAGAAGACGGUUUCACGCAUAUUUUGCUGUCGAGUCAGACUUCAGAUAACAAUGCACUGACCCCAGAGAUCAUGAAGGAAGUUCGGAGAGCAUUGUGCAAUGCAUCAGCUGAUGACAGUAAACUCUUACUUCUCAGCGCAGUGGGAAGUGUAUUCUGUAGUGGCCUAGAUUACUCAUAUUUAAUUGGCAGGUUAUCCAAUGACAGAAGAAAGGAAAGCACUAGGAUUGCAGAAGCUAUAAGGGAUUUUGUAAAAGCUUUUAUUCAAUUUAAGAAGCCAAUUGUGGUUGCUAUCAACGGCCCUGCUCUUGGGUUAGGAGCCUCUAUUUUACCACUAUGUGAUAUCGUUUGGGCAAGUGAAAAGGCUUGGUUUCAGACACCAUAUGCAACAAUCCGACUCACUCCAGCUGGCUGCUCAUCAUACACAUUCCCACAAAUUCUGGGUGUUGCACUGGCAAACGAAAUGUUGUUCUGUGGGAGAAAGCUGACAGCACAGGAAGCCUGCAGCAGAGGACUAGUGUCACAAGUAUUCUGGCCAACAACAUUUAGCCAAGAAGUGAUGCUGCGAGUGAAAGAAAUGGCAUCCUGCAGUGCAGUGGUAUUGGAAGAGUCCAAAUGUCUUGUGCGCAGCUUCCUGAAGUCUGGACUUGAAGAUGUGAAUGAGAAAGAGUGUCAGAUGUUAAAACAGCUGUGGAGUUCUUCCAAAGGACUGGAUUCAUUAUUCAGCUACUUGCAAGACAAAAUUUAUGAAGUCUGAUGUCUUGGCCUAACUUAAAGAGAAAAUGCUGUACUGGUGACCAGAGUCAAACAUUACCUGUGUUUGAAAAGCAGAGGCAAUGCAUCAGUGAGGAACUUGUGACAGUGUAUCCUAAUACAUAUGGUUGUGUCGAUUUCCUUGUGAGCUACAGAGCUGCUUGUAGCUGGUUUGAUUUUGUGUAACCCAGACGUAGGCAGGCUUGUUCAGUGCACAUAAUCUCUGCAGAGGGCUGCAUCUUUCACAUUGCUCAUCCAGAUAAAAGUGUACAUUCCAUGUGCUGAGGAGCACCACUGAGGCCCAGUAAGGCACACCAUCUGCAAUGAUUUGUUUUGUCUGUCCUUCUUAACUUAUUCUUGCUGUUGCAACACAUCUGGGCUGACACAGAGGACUCGAUCUAAAAACUGGGUCAGCACAAUAUUUUGUAGACCCAAACACCAUACUUUAGAAAUAUUUUAAUUUUUUUUUUCUAAUUUCUAACAGUUUAGUGGAAAAAUCUGAUAAUUUAUAUGUAUAAUAUGUAAAGUUAGUUUUACCAAAACUACUAGGAUUUUUUUUUCUUUGAUGAAUUUAUUUAACUUAUUUAUUUUGUCUUCAUAUUCAGCUGUUUAUUGAUCACAGAUCUUAUUUUCAUACUUCCCUUGAUUGAAUUAAUGCCAUCACAUGAGAAUGCAAACACAUUUUUAGCAGCAAAUUGUGUAGGAGAAUAAAGGAUAUAUAGAAAACACAUAGAGUGCUGUGGGCAGUAAAAGAAACAGCUCCUCUAUGUGUAAAAAUGUACAAAAAAUAUGUGAAAUAGAUUCGUUUGCCAGGGUUAAGGGGGAAAAGUGGAUUCUGAAACAGUGAGUCCCCCUUAAGUCUCUCUUCACUUUCUGCCUUCUUGAGGAGCAUUGAAGGGCUUGCCAACAAGAUGCUUUAUUUAAGUUUACUGUAUUCCUGUUAGCCGGAUAUCAAUAACAGGGUGAGUGGUGCCGUUAUGUGGCAUCGUACUGUUUUUCAGGUUUAAACAUCCCCUUUUGGUCUGAAGUCUAAAAGCAACUCCUUAUGAGCCUUAGUCUAGUUGCCUGAUUCCUCAGGUGUGAGAUAAUUUCUGCUCUGGAGGCCUUUGGGUGUGGGCCAAGAGUUUAUACAAGGUGCUAGGUAUAGAACUAAGUGGAGGGAGAAGUUUUGUUUUGCUUUUCCCAGCUCUCCACAUCUGGCCACCCCACCAUCUGUUACAAGAACUUAAGGCUAUCCAUAAAAGCAGUCCACAAUAAAUGACCAAAACCCAAUCUGCUAUUUUAGAAUGUGAUCCUAGUACUUUUCAGUGACACUGACUGACUUCUGAACACUGGAUCUCCCUCAAUUCUUUUGUGUUAGUAAGGCACUUAAUAUGGAAAUAACACAAGCAUGCUCUGUGGCUUCCCCUGCCAUUUUAGUACGCCCAAAUUAAAACCUCUUGAAGCAGAAGCUUUGCACAUUUGUUUGCUUUGUAAUCGGUGCACUUGCUCUCCAUCCUUGAGCUCGGUAACUUGCUUACAGCUUAAGCCUCUACAAAUGAGGCUGCUAGGUAUUCUCCCUCCCAGGAUUUCCAUGAAGAGUUUCCACAAAGCCUUUAUGAAGUUAACAAAAGGUGACUAUAGCAAACAGUAGCCUUCAACAUAUUAAUCCGUCAUUACAUUUUCCACAAACAGUUAAAGUGCUGUGUCUAUGGCCCAAUUGUACCACUGAAUUUUAAGGAAAACAUAACCCUAAGGGCAGAGGUUCUCAUGGAAAUUCUUCAUUAAAAAGGCAAAAUCCAGCUUCCAGUUGCCUGUUUUAAAGGUUUGCAAAAAAACCCUUAACAAGUAACAGUUCAAAAUGUCUGAAGCAGAACUCUUUCAAUAAGUACUUGAAGUGAUAGAUGCACCACUUGUUUUGUACUAACACUUGCUCGUUUCCACAACCUGCCAGCAACACCACAAAGCGUGUGUGCCAACACUCAGUUGGAUCAAGGCCACCAGACCCUCUCCUGUCCCAGUGCAUGCACACCAGUCACCUCUGUGGCAGUCCCUUUGAAAGGAGAGGGACUCCUCAAGUGAAAACCACUCACGUGUGUAUGUGUUUGCACAACCAGGCCUCCAGCAUAUGACUUCAGAAAAAAAAGAAAGGAAAAAAAAAAGAAAAAAAGGAAGGAGAAAGAAAAAAGGAAGGAAAAAAAAGCAAUGGAAAGUCCCAUGAUUCCUCCGUUUCCUUGAGUUCCUUUAUUCCCGUCCAGAGAGCCAUAACCCCUAGUCAUGUGUUAAUAAGAUAUUAGGAAGUUUAUUUCAAUACUAUGCUCGGUUUUGUAGAUAAAUAUAGAGAAAUUGCUCAGCAAUGUGAAGGUAUGCUUUCCAUAUGAGAUUUUCAAACAGAGAAGAAUCGUAAGUUGUUAGACCUUCAACCUGCAUCGUUUCAUCUGAAUUUUCAGAUAUCUGUAUCUUAGCAUUUUUUAUGACAAAGGAAUGGUUGAAAUACAUUUUCUAUAAUUAUUUUUCCAUUAAAGCAAGUGCUAACCAUAGUUAACAUUUUUAAUUAUUCAUAUCUAUACAGUUACAAUCUAGUUUUCAUGGAAUCUAUUUUCCCUUCAGAAAAGAGUAAUAACAAUGUCAAAAGCUUCUUUUUCCAGUAUUUAAAGAUCCGAAUCGAUUUUUCUCUUGUGUUUCUGUCCUUACUAGGUAUUCAGAUAUCUAGAUGUACUGUACAUAUUAGUCUGGGUACCUUUACUAAUAUUCACAGUAUUUAAGAUUAUAAAUGCAAUUUGUUGUUAAGUAUGUUAUUUUAUUCUUGUGUAAAUUGUUUUGUACAAUCUUUAAAAAUCUACAGUUUUGCAUUUGUAGAUAUUAAAGGUAAGCAAUUUAUUUUGUGUUGUCCUGCAUGUAUAUUUUUUGCUGUAGAUAAGUGUUGCUUAGUUUACUAUUUCAGUACAUUUCUGUUUAAAUGAAUAAGCUUACAAACUUUAAUACAGUAUAUAUUUUCAGAAUAUGAACUUUUAUAUUUCUGUGGUAGGUUAGGGUAUGCGUUUUAGGCAAUCUUUUUCACUACUAUUAACUGUUCUUUUAAUCUAUAAUAUAAUGGUUUUGUGCCAAUAGUUUUUCAUUAGAAUCAAAUGCUCUUUUAAUGUUAGGGAUAAACAGACAAUUUUGUUUGGGGUUUGUUUGAUUUUGAGUUUCUUUUUGUUUUUUAUUAUUUUGCCAGCCUUUACAGUUUUAAAUGUAAUUUAUAAAUGUGUUGCAUUUGUGAAUAAGCCUUACCAUUAGGUACAAGAAAUCUUUAAAGCUACAUAAUUGCUUAUGUAGCACUAAGGACUUCCCCAAAUAAUUGCUGUAAGAAAGUUAGCAAAUCAGAGUACAGGGCCUUAAGUUUUUCUUGUGAAAAGGAUAAUACGGGUUGUUUCUUUUGAACAACAUAGGUAGACUCGUCAGCAUGGGCUUUGUUAUAUAUAUAAACUGUGCAUUUGUGCUCCCAACCACAGUAGUUUAAUCUCAGGCUUUGUGUGGCUGGGUCUAUAAAAGUCAAAUCUGGCUAAAGCCAGCACUCUUUAGGAGACGCUAAAGAAGUUUACAUAAGAGACUUAUAGACAAUCUUAAUCAUAGUACAUUUGGGUACUCGGUAUCCUAGAUGUGUUAUCUGUGUCUGCCCAAUUAACCGUAUGUUUUAAGCCAUAUUAAAUCUCUUUACUGCUACUUUAAAUACUACACUGAAAGUCAUUCACUAGCUUGCUUACUCACGGACAGGAUUUCAAUUUUUAGUGAAUAAAAAGAUAAUGCCUUCCAUAAAAACCAAGGACCAAAGAAAUGCAUUGUUCUAACAAAGCAUUAGUUCCUUUGCCAGUGAACUAGUUUGACAUUUGUACUGAAAAUCAAAUAGUCUCUUUCUGCUACAAACACUGCAUUCUCAUCAUGUCAAGUGUAAGGGGAAAAGAUGUAUCCGUGAACCUAUUGGGAAAGGAGUGAUGUUCAGCUAGGAUGGCAUGUCUAUUGGUAAGGCUUAUUACCAAACCUCUGAGAUGAAGCAAAGAACCAAAAAUUCACAAAUUAUCUCAAUGUAAAUUUAUUUUCAGAACUUGCACAAAUAAUUAAUUGUAGAACUUUGCAAAUUAGGCCCUUAAGUUAUUUUGUCAGAACGCCAUGGAACAGACGAAAACAGUUUCUAAUAUUUGUAAUGAUGAGUACAUAUUAUAAUAUUAUAAGGGUACAGGCACUCCUAUAUCACAGUGUUGUAAAUAUUUUCUGAAACUGGUACAGUACUGAGGGACUUGUAUCUUCUGAUAUAUCAAAUAUUGACUGUCUAGAUCAAAUUGUACACAAUUUAUUUGUUGAUGGUCCUGUAACUAGUGUAUGGACACAUUUCUGGGUGCCUUAGAAGUUGUAUUUUUCAUGUGUGUUAAUAUGCAGUAUUUAUACAUUGUGAGAAGCUGCU